AACAUACAUAUCGGUUCAGGUACCAACCCACCAUCACCGCAAACUGAUCUAGCACUACGCCAUCUGCACCUCUCUCCCCCUGCGAUCUGCGGAGAGGAGUUCCGAUUCCUGCUUGAUCUCCAACCUUUUCUCUCACACAAGCAGCAUGGGCCCUCGUAGCGCAAAGCGACGCAAUCGGCGGGGCAACUUUCAAAAUGCUGGUGCUUCCAGAGGCAGCCCCCAUCAAGCCUUUGAAUCCCCUUCCUCCUUUGACCCCUACGCUAGAAACAGUGGACAUGGUAAGUAAUCGUUCUUGCGAAAUGGAAAGUAAAUUUCAAUGGGGAAUAUCCGCUAACAUUUAAAGUAGGCUUUACCCUAGCAGAGGAAGCAAGAAAUACUGAGCGACACACCUCCCAAUGGGCUCCAAGACUAAGAGACAAACCGAUCAGCUUUGUCAAUGCAGGAACAUUGCAACCCACCGAUCCUCAGGUAUCGGACAGCGACAAGGAUGCAGAAGGUGCAAUGGCAGAUAUGACUUUGAACCCACCCGCACAAGAAGACCAGAUUGAGGUUGUCGUUGACCUCAAUGAUGAAGAUGAGAAUUUAAUGGCAGACAUAACCCGCAACCCACCUGCGCAAAAAUAUCAGAUUGAGGUUGUCGUUGAUGAUGGAGACGGAUAUGAGAAUGCAAUGGCAGACAUGGCUCUGAACGCACCUGUCCAAGAAGACCAAAUCAACUUUAACGAGAUGGAAGUGGAGGUCCAGGUUGAGGAGGAGAUUGAGGAUCAGGAUGAACCGUCACCAGAAACACAAAGACCCAUUCUCUCCCCCUCGCCUCUAUCUGAUGAAGAACCUCCACUUUUCGUAGUUGACACACUUGGAAGUCAGCCAGUCGCUACUGGGUUGGGUGCACCAGAAAUUCGACCAUCUAGCCCAACUCCAUCCGACUCUAGCGAGGAGAUCAUUUUAUUCCGAGGUCGCGGUGUUGCCCCAAGGGUUCUGCCACCCAAACCAAUUCGAGUUGCGCGGGCCAGCACGAUAGAUGACCAAAUAAAGGUGGUUGAGGAAAAAAUCCACGAGCGUCAAGAACUGCUGGAGGAAGUUCGCCAUCAUAGUGUCGCACCCCCAGAACUGGUAAGUCAAUUCGCUCUCAAUCUUGUCUGUCGAAAUACGUGCCCAGAGAAUGCCAACUGACUACUAUACCUCAAUAUAGGAGCAUAAGCCAAUCAUUGAAACCUCCGAUCCAAGUACUGAUUUCGAAAUCCCAUUGAUCCCCCGUAAAAUCCGAAACAGAAAACGUGGAUCACGUAGGAAAGGCAAACGCGCUAUGCAAAGCCGGGACAUUGAGGAUGACGCAAUGCUCGCUGAUUAUAUUGCAAACAUGCAAAAUGAAAGCAACGAGGACACCCCAUUUACCAACAAGUUUGGCGCUCGAGAUUUGGAAGGAGAUGAAAACGAUAUAUAUGUCGAAGAAGAGGAUGAGGUCUUUUCUGAUGAGCCUAUUCCGGAUAAUGGACCUUCACCAGAUGAGUGGAAUGCCUCGGAUAUUCGUGAUUUUGGUGAUUUGAGCACAUCGGACGAUGAAGACGGAGAGUUAAAAACCAUACUCGACAAGAGGGAAAGAGCUAGCGGUGUCGCCUAUCUUGUUGUCUACGAGAACCAGAGUACUGAUCAGGCCAAAUGGGUCAGACAUGCCGCUUUGACAGGCAAUCGUACUGCAGCCAUGAUUGGAGCCUGGGAGGCUGAGGAAGAGGAAACUAGGAAAAAUAUGGCUGAGAUUGCAAGUGCGUCGGAAGAGGAUUCGGAUGACGAACAAGACGGUGAUAUUCCCCAACGCGAGGUUGCCAAAAUGAGUGAUGAAAAGAUCGCAAUGAUGUUCGCAAAACAAGAGCAAUACGGUUUUGAUUCAAGUAAGUUAUUCUGCAUUAAUCAAUGUUCGUUCCCUGGGCGGCGCUUGAUUGCGUUCCUUACGCUGGGCACUUUCGUUUAUUCACUGCAACAGUAAACUAAUUCACAUACGCAGAUGAGCUACUACUUUUUGAUGGCGAGGCGGGCAUCGCAGAGGACGAUGGGUUCACCGGCUUUUCAAGACGUUCUAGAAACAGAAAACCAAAGAUCCAUGCCCCCAACCCCGAAAAAGGUCAAUUUCCCAAUGCGACUGCUCUCGCUGAUGCAUACGAUAACUUUGAUGUAAUGGACUUUGAGCGCCCAAGCCUCCAGAAGAAGCCCAAAGGCCGGAAGGGUAAGCUUGUAAUCGAAAAUUCGGAUUCUGAGCUCGAGGCUGUGAUGCAAAAGGCUUGGGACAACGAUCGAGUCAAGAAGAAGGAGCGAAAGCAGGAGCGAGAAGAGUUGCGUGCUCAAGGUCUACUGGGUAGCAAAAACGGCAAGGUUGACAUGAAAGCCAAGUUCAGGGAAGGAAUGGCCAUUCAUGAUGUCAAAGACGCCAUCAAAGAGUUCUUGAAAGGCAAUGAUUCCACGUGGGUACUGACAACCGCGAGCUGUAAAUACAUACUGACUCCCAUAGUCUUUUGCUCGUACCCAUGGAUAAGGCGAAUAGAAAGAUCGUCCACGAACUUGCUAAUGCUUUCAAUUUGAAAUCCAAAUCGGUUGGCAAAGGAGAUCAACGCUUUCCAGUUCUGUACCGGACUAGAGGAACCAGAUUCUAUUCUGAGAGCAUGUUUGACAAUGUUGAAUCAAAGUUGGCCCGUCGUUUCCUCCCAAGAAUGGAUGUUGGUGGAAAGAGAGGACCUCGACCUGUACAUGGUGGAGGCGGAUAUGGUGGUGCUGCUGCAAGCUAUCGAGAUGGUGAUGUCGUGGGAGGAUCUGCACCAGAGCUUGGAGUUGAGAACAAAGGCCGCGCAAUGUUGGAGAAGAUGGGUUGGAGCUCUGGAACUGCUUUGGGUGCUAUCAAUAACAAGGGUAUUCUGCAGCCUGUUUCGCAUGUUGUAAAAACCACCAAAGCUGGAUUGGGUUGAUGCAGCCAACGAUGGUUUGGGUUGAUUGCGUCAUUUGUAUCAUAGAUGGUCCCCACAUUAUGGAUUUGGGACUUUGUAGAGUUAGAAAUAAUUGAUCAGCAAACUACAUCUCAAA